AUGCUCCUUGCAAAAACGACACGUGUCAGCCCCACAGUCGAUCAAAUUCCAACCGUUGGAAAUAUUACGGUUGCACAAUUUCAAUUUCCUGCUCAAAUCACAGGAGCCAUCGUCGUUGCCUUUAAAAACCACCGAAACCAAUAUCCCAUCUUAAACAUACUCAACAAAACUCUCCCUUGGAAUCUCAACAUGGUCCGUGCCAAGAAGAAAUACUAUGUUGUUUUCAUAGGGAGGGUCCCUGGUAUCUAUAGUUCCUGGCCGGCCUGUCAUACCCAAGUUAACGAAUUUAGCGGCAACCUCCAUAAGGCUUACGAAACCAUCGAUGAAGCUCGUAUGGCGUUCGAACAAUUCCUAUCUGGCAGACGAUCACAGACUCAGCACACCAACAAUAGUCCUCUACUACAUCAAAUUCAUGCAACAUCGAUUCGGCACCACCCAUCACCGAUUCCUGACCAACUACUCCCUUUCGACGAAGGCAUACAGGAGCAACGUCAAAUUGAAGGAGGGGACAACCACUCAACUCUGGAACUACUGGAUCUGCCAGGUAUUAAGGUUCUUGGCUCUCCGAAGGGGUAUGGUUCGCCGCGGCUCCUGUGGCUGUUCCUAUCGAUCCUGCUCCGCCGCCAGGGCAUUUUCCUCUUCGCUCCUCUCGUCUACAUUUCUUGCAUGCUCCUCUACAUGGGAACCGUCGCCUUCGACAUUGUUCCGAUAAUCAGCCACCGCUCCGCCCCUGGCUCCGUCUACCGUAGCCCGGAGCUUUAUGCCAAGCUCCGGCCUGAUAUUGAAAAUGAUGAUUCUUCUACUGAUGCGAUAUCAACAAUAUGGAAAAUCCCGUAUGAAGGUGGUGAGUGGAAACCAUGCAUAAAGAGAUCUUCACAAGCCCUUCCCGAGUCUAAUGGAUACAUAUACGUAGAGGCUAAUGGAGGCUUAAAUCAACAAAGGACAUCAAUAUGCAAUGCGGUUGCCGUGGCUGGCUAUCUGAAUGCCACUUUAUUGAUCCCCAAUUUUCGUUAUCAUAGCAUAUGGAAAGAUCCUAGCAAGUUCAAGGACAUUUUUGAUCAGGACUAUUUUAUCGACACCUUGAAAAAUGAUGUAUGGGUGGUUGAAGAUGUUCCUGAGUAUCUAAUGGAAAGAUUUGGCGACGACAUGGCAAAUGUUUACAAUUUUAGGAUCAAGGCAUGGUCAUCUAUUGCAUAUUACAAAGAUGUGGUCCUACCAAAGUUACUUGAAGAGAAGGUUAUAAGGAUUUCUCCUUUUGCAAAUAGAUUGUCUUUUGACGCUCCUCCAGCUGUGCAGCGUCUUAGAUGCUUAGCAAAUUAUGAGGCUUUACGAUUCGCAAGUCCUAUAUUGACCUUGGGUGAAUCUUUGGUUGCAAGAAUGAGGAAACAUAGUGCAAUAAAUGGCGGAAAGUAUGUGUCUGUACAUCUGCGUUUUGAAGAGGAUAUGGUUGCCUUCUCUUGUUGUACUUUUGAUGGCGGAGAACAUGAGAAAGAAGAAAUGAUUGCGGCACGGGAAAGAGGUUGGAGAGGAAAAUUCACAAGACCUGGGCGAGUUAUACGCCCUGGGGUAAUCAGGAUCAACGGGAAGUGUCCCCUCACUCCAUUAGAGGUUGGCCUCAUGUUGAGAGGAAUGGGUUUUGCAAAGAACACAUCUAUCUAUUUGGCUUCUGGUAAAAUACACAAUGCAAAGAAAACAAUGGUCCCAUUAUUAGAAAUGUUUCCUAAUUUGCAUACAAAGGAGACCUUGGCAUCUAAAGAGGAACUAGCUCCAUUCAAGAAUUACUCUUCCAGGAUGGCUGCCAUAGACUAUACCGUUUGUCUUCAUAGUGAGGUGUUCGUGACAACACAGGGUGGUAACUUCCCCCAUUUUCUUUUUGGCCACAGAAGAUACUUAUAUGGAGGACACGCUAAGACAAUUAAGCCUGAUAAGCGGAAAUUAGCAUUACUAUUCGAUGGUCCCAGUAUUGGAUGGAAAACUCUGAAAGAAGAACUGCUGAGCAUGAGGUCACACAGUGAUGAAAAAGGAAUUGAGCUAAAAAAACCAAAUGAAUCAAUAUAUAGCUUUCCAUGCCCGGAUUGUAUGUGCCGCUUAAACAGAACCAAUGAUUCAAGAAGUUCAGCAAAGUAGUCCCCUCAGUAUUUGACAAAACUUUACUGCAUAUGGUUUGUGAGCAUGCCUCGCCACUUGCUAACUGCCUACUAGUUUUUUGUUAGUUCAAUGCUUUUUAAAUUUUUUUCCCUUCUGAUGAGAGGGCAUAACCCCAAUUUUCGGAGGUUUACACGAUUUUGCUCAAGGCCAUAGAUCUGAAUUAUAUAUCUAUGGGGAUUGGAUCAAGGGAGUCACAUCCUUGCUUUUUGUACAUGAUGCUGAUUGAGAAUUGAGGACAAAAUUGUUUUAGGUGCAGGACUCUACUCCAGAACAUUGACUGAACCGUGGCCAUGUACAUUAGCUGGAGAGAAUGAUCUGUGUUAAGUCUGGAGCAACAGAUUUUUCUGUCUACAUCUAACAAAAAUUUCAGGGUAUUUUGUUUACCCUUCUGUUCAGGUCCUUUUGUUAAUUUCAUACCUGUAUCUCACAUGUAUUAUUCCCUUACAUUGGUACUCAAUUGUUCUGGUGGUGAUGCCAGUUUAUGUAAUUAGUUUACCUACUUUGCUCCACCUCCUUGGGCGUUGAGACUUUUCCUUUCUAUAAGAAAAUGUAAUUAAUUUACCUUUAGUAGAUUGUGUUAUCUAAUUGUUCUUUUGUUUUUAUU